AUGGCAGUUCGUCCUAAUUCCGGUGAAAACGGUACCGGUAGUGAGGAUGGCAGCGAUAAUGAAGACGGUGUCGAAUCAGCUAGUCGAUCUGUGCCAGAAUGUAAAGUGUGGCGUAAUCCAACGGCGUUGUUUCGUGGUGCCGAAUAUCAACGGUUCACAAAAAUGACGGGUAAAGAGCCGUUGACGUAUUACGACAUGAAUUUGUCGGCGCAAGAUCAUCAGAAUUUCUUCACGUGUGACGGCGAUACCGGUAAACAGGAUUAUGAAAGUCGGUUGUUAUCGUUUGGUUUUCAAAUGGUUUUCGAAAAAUUUUAUUCGAAUCAAUUAAUUAAUCAUCACUGGUUAGUGUUUGGUUGGCGUGCUCGCCUUGCCAGCGGGAUGGUGUCAAUCAAAGCUGUAAAACAGUCCUAA